AUGUCCGACCCCCAGGUUGUCCGAAUUCCUCGGUCGGACGAGCCGCAUUCUUACGUACUGGUCCACGUCUCCCAGACUGGCCAGGCACCUCUGGAUGUAUCGCUCACCGCAACGGAGGGCGAGAACCCUUAUGCCGCGUCCAUCCAACAAUCUCGUCUGCAUGCCCUACGUGGGAAAAAUUACCAAGGAUCUGAUGACGAAUGGGCCUACAUCAUUGCUCACAUCCUAAGACAGCCAGUCUCGGCUGAGAAGUCGUCCUGGUCUGCCGGAAUCGAAGCUUCCGCUAGUAUUUCAAAUGCGGGGAGCGAGAAUCAAGAAAUAGUCAUUGCCAUUCGGAAAAGAGUCCAGGAUAUCACGCAAAGGCUCGGGUCUCUGGUCCUCAAACAGGAUGAAGACCAAGAGAUCGCGCUGUUUGACUGGACCGGUAUCGCAGCGACCAAAGCCGAUGCCCUGCACAGCCAAGUAACGAACUUAACGGAUCGCUACCGCGAGGCCGAAGAUACCAUCGCCAAAUUGACCCAGCAAUUGGCAGACCUCAUGCAAGCCAAGACUCAGCACGAGAACCAGCUGGUGGCCAACUUUGCUCAGCUUCUGAAUGAGAAAAAGCUCAAAAUCCGGAAUCAGCAGCGAUUGCUAGCAUCUGCAACGGCCGACCCGACAAAAGUCGCCGAAAUCCAAGCGGCUAGCGGGAAACCCCGUGAAGCACAACGGGCUCAUGCGGCCACAAAACGACGUGCUCCAGACACAGUUGACGACGAAGACGAAUCAGACGAAGGCUUCGAGCAGAUGGACGUUGAUCGCAAAGUUGCAGAUGUUCAAGCAUCAUACGCCCAAGAGACAGAAGACGAAGAAAGAGCCACGCCGCAACCCCUGGAAGACGGGGAGGAUACGACCACCGACGAGGAGGAGGAAGUCCCAGCUACUUCACAACGAUCUGUGCCUGAACGAACUAAAGUCAAGCCUUCGGAACGAGAGGCAGCUUCCAAGGAGGCAGCGCCUCCGCGAAGAGAGUUGCCGUUUACGCGACGAGGACCUCCAGCGCAGACGAAAGCGGAGCCUCUGCCAGAGCCCAUUGCGGCGGACGAAGAGACGGCGGGUGAAACGGAUGAUGACGAGCUAUAA